GGAAGGCGAGCCGGUGGUUCGGGGUCGCGCAGUCCAAGUCGGCCAAGACGAACGUGAACAUCCUUCACCAGGAGGAGCUGAUCGCGCAGAAGAAGCUGGAGCAGCAGGCGAAGCAGAACUACCUGGGCAUCCAGCAGCUGCCUCUGCUCGGGGAAGAUGACGGAGCUGACAGUGAAGCCUGCGUUUCCAACAAGUUUGUUAAUGAUGGCAGUUUCCUCCAGCAGUUUCUCAAGCUGCAGAAGGAAAAGUCAAGCACGGAACCUCCCCCAGGUUCUACUAAUAACUCGGCAAACGCUUCUGCGCCAAAUGCUGGGAAGAAGCCUAUGCUGUUCGGGAAGCGCCCGGGUCAGGUCCUGAGCAGCAUGCUGCACCAAGCGAAGCACUACUCCCAUUCCAAACAGACCCCGGUCGUUAACCGCCUCAGUGUGUUUCAGUCGCCAGAUGAAGAUGAGGAGGAAGACUAUGAGCAGUGGUUGGAAAUCAAAGUUUUACCCCCAGAGGAUGCGGAGACCCGGCAAGUGGUGGAAAAGCUGGCUAGGUUCGUGGCUGAAGGGGGACCAGAAUUAGAGAAGGUGGCUAUGGAAGACUACAAGGAUAACCCAGCGUUUUCGUUUUUGCAUGAUAAGAACAGCAGAGAAUUCCUUUACUACAGAAAGAAAGUGGCAGAGAUAAGAAAAGAGAAUCAAAGUUCUCAGGCAUCCUCUUCUCAGAAAGUUUCACCCCCAGACGACGAAGAGACAAAGAACUCUGCUGAGAAACUGGCCAGGUUCAUAGCAGACGGGGGUCCCGAGGUGGAAGCUAUUGCCUUGCAGAACAACCGAGAGAACCAUGCUUUCAGGUUUUUAUACGAGCCAAACAGCAAAGGCUACAAGUAUUACCGGCAGAAACUGGAGGAGUUCCGUAAGGCCAAAACCAGCACUGCGGGUGCCCCCGGGCCUGUCGAGUCCAGUCUGAAAAGGAAGACCAGUCCCGAGGCAUCGCCGUCACCUUUGUGCUUACCGUCCUUGCCCCUGCCCUUGCCCUCCCCUUUGCCUUUGCCCCUGCCCUUGCCCACAGCUACAACUACUGCUGCAACAGCAACUACAGCCGCUGCUCCGGGCACUACUAAAAAGAAGCGGAAGAGCAGGUGGGGGCCAGAGGAGGACAAGGUUGAGCUGCCUCUCCCACAGCUUGUCCAACAGCUGGAUUCUCCCUCCCCUCUUUCAGUUCAGGACCUGAAGGGUCUUGGUUAUGAAAAAGGGAAACCGGUUGGUUUGGUGGGUGUGACGGAGCUCUCCGAAGCCCAGAAGAAACAGCUGAAGGAGCAGCAGGAGAUGCAGCAGAUGUAUGACAUGAUCAUGAAGCACAAGCGAGCCAUGCAGGAGAUGCAGAUGAUGUGGGAGAAGGCAAUUCAGCAGCACCAGCAUGGCUAUGACAGCGAUGAAGAGGUGGACAGUGAGCUGGGCACGUGGGAGCACCAGCUUCGACGCAUGGAGAUGGACAAGACGCGAGAGUGGGCUGAGCAGCUGACCCAGAUGGGCAGAGGGAAACAUUUCAUUGGAGACUUUCUGCCACCUGACGAGCUGGAGAAAUUCAUGGAGACGUUCAAGGCAUUGAAGGAAGGACGUGAGCCGGAUUAUUCCGAAUACAAAGAGUUCAAACUGACUGUGGAAAACAUAGGUUAUCAAAUGCUAAUGAAGAUGGGCUGGAAGGAAGGCGAGGGACUUGGCUCAGAUGGACAGGGGAUUAAAAACCCAGUCAGCAAGGGCACGACCGCUGUGGAUGGAGCCGGUUUUGGCAUCGACCGUCCCGCUGAGCUCACCAAGGAGGAUGAUGAGUACGAGGCAUUCCGUAAACGGAUGAUGCUCGCCUAUCGCUUCCGACCAAAUCCAUUGAACAAUCCACGACGACCUUACUACUGA